ACUGUCCAGCUGACGAGGAUGGAAUACGCCAUGAAGUCCCUCAGCCUUCUCUACCCCAGGUCCCUCUCCAGGUACGUGGCAGUCAGCACCUCGGUGGUGACCCAGAAGCUGCUGUCACAGCCCAGCCCGGAGGCCCCCAGGGCCCGGCCCUGCAGAGUAAGCAAUGCUGACCGGAGUGUGCGGAAAGGCAUCAUGACACACAGCCUUGAGGACCUCCGCCUCAAGGUCCAGGAUACCCUGAUGCUGGCAGACAAGCCUUUCUUCCUGGUGCUGGAGGAAGAUGGCACAAUUGUAGAGACAGAAGAGUAUUUCCAAUCCCUGACAGAUGACACCGUGCUCAUGGUCCUCCAUAAGGGGCAGAAAUGGCAGCCCCCAUCAGAGCAGGGCACUAGGUACCAACUCUCCCUCUCCCGUAAGCCUGCCAAGAAGAUUGAUGUGGCCCAAGUAACCUUCGACCUGUACAAGGUGAACCCACAGGACUUCAUUGGUUGCCUGAACGUGAAGGCGACUCUCUAUGGCACAUACUCCCUUUCCUAUGAUCUGCGCUGCUACGGUGCCAGGCGCGUCAUGAAAGAAGCUCUCCGCUGGGCCCUCUUCAGCACGCAGGCCGCAGGCCACGUGCUGCUCGGCACCUCCUGUUACCUGCAGCAGCUCCUGGAUGCCACAGAGGGAGGGCAGCCCUCCAAGAGCAAAGCCCCAUCCCUCAUCCCGACCUUUCUGAAGAUACUGCAAUGA